CUUUAAUCCGACCAAGUUGUCAGGACUGGAGGGACAGGCCGAGCCGAGCUGAGCUGAGCCGAGCGAAGGAGCACAGCAGCGGGCACGGACAGGAAGGGAUGAGGAUGUGGUGUUUAGCAGCCGGAGCCGGGCCUCUUCUGCACUGACAGGCAGGUUGUUCCAUGAAUGUGGGAUCUCCACAGUGACAUGAAGAACAUGUUCUGAAAUCUCUGAAGCUGAAACGAGCUGAGCCAUGAGCCACAAGUACGAAGGGGAGGCGACGGCAGAACCAGGCGAGGAGCACCGGCCGACGCCCGCGCCCCAGCGGAGCAGGCAGCCCAACGGGACCACGCCCACUGAACCCGUCCGACGCUCAUGGAGACCAUGUCAGAUGCUCAACCAGGACGGAGAAAUGAACCACCACCAUCACCACCAUCAUCCGCCUAUUCCUCACCACCACCAUCAUCAUCAUCACCACGCGCCGACGGGACGUGGACCUCAGCGUCACCGCCGGCGACCUCCAUCGGGACAAAGCCAGGCUCAGGGGGCUGAAAGUCGAGACCCCGCCGAGCCACGACCCGUCCACCCGCGCCCUGGUGUUGCUCGCUACCGUCGUCAUGGUGACCCCAACCCUAGGGUCAGAGGUCAUCGACCGAGGCAGCCGAUCAGAGAGGUGGAGGAGUCCUCGGAGAGACAGGCAGAGGUGCAGCAAAGCUCACCAGAGGAUACUACGACGGACGAAGCCCAGACUCCGGUCGCUGUUGUCUCACUUGAUACUCCACCCGACGAUGAGGAGCCCCAACCCAAACAUGAAGCCCAGCAAGAGCAAGAACAACCGACGCAGGAGGAGGAGGAGGAGGAGGAAGGAAAGAACACUGAAAGACCAGAGCAGCCGGAGGAGGACGGACAUGCCACGGAGACAGUAGGUGAUGGAGCAGAGCAGGUGGAGGAGGAUCAGGAGGAGGAGGCGACCGACGACAUGGUGGAGAACAGCGCGGCUCAGGAAAGCGAAAUCACCGACCUCUGCUCGGACACAGAGAGCGUGGCGUCCCUGAGCAUGGACGGACCUCUGCACAGUCCACCGCCACUGCACUCCCCGACUCCACCGUCGUCACCGGACGGUCCACAUUUCCCCCAACUCGAUCACUUCAGCGAGGACAUGAGUACAAGUCCUCCGCCCGACAAUGACAUGCUACCCGAAGAAGACGAGGACGAGGAUGAGGAGGACUGCUACGAACCCGCGUCUCGCUCCGAAUCUUAUCCGAAAACCUAUGCAGACUUUUAUAGCGAAUCCCACCAAAAGUCUUACCCGGAGCAAAUGCACCCGAACUCAUUCCCUGAGCCGCUGAAGACCUCGUAUCCUGAGAGAGAACCUCGCAGACAGUCCGGCUGGAGCUCUGGACCUAAAGUGGAGAACGUACCAAAAGGGGCUCCCAACUCUCAUCAUGCCCCAAGGCAUAGCAGAGACAGAGGUUCGCAUCCUUUACCCCCUGAUCACUCUAUUGGCUGCCGGCUGCACCACUACGAUGGCCAGUCCGACGGAGAGGGGGCCGGUCCAGACUGUAGCCCCAUCCCCAAAAGUCGUAAGCAGGCGUCCCGACGUGCGGAAGUCCCAGCGAAGAGCCCCUCGUCUGGGCAGAGCAGCUCAGGAGAGGCCCCCGAUGACCGGAGCGCCGGGGAGGACGGGGCUACGAAAGGCUCUGGAGACGCCAUCAGCCUCGCCAUCAAAGGUAUCAAGGAGGCCAUCGAGGAGGUGAAGACCAAGACAGUGCGGUCGCCCUACACCCCUGACCAGCCCAUGGAGCCCAUCUGGGUGAUGAGGCAGGAGGUCAGCCCCACCGAGGACGGCUACCCGCCGCAGACGGCAACUGCACAGUCCUUGCCUCAGUCGCCAUCACAGUCGGCAUCCGAGUCUCCGUCCCGUUACUCAUCGGCUCCAGUUCGGGAAAUCGUCAGUCCGACCAGAGCUGAGUCAUCCAGAGCGUUUCACCAACAGCCGCCUCAGCACAAGCAUCACCCCCACCCUCAGCCCCACCAGGGCCACCAGGUGAAGCAGAGGGAGGCCUCCAAGCAGACGUACGCUCAGCCGCAGCCGUACGGACAUGCCCCGCCCACUCAGCACCAACAGCGUCCACCUCAGCAUCAUCAGCCUCCAGCUCCAGCUCCAGCUCCAGCUCCAGUUCCAGUUCAGCCACAGUCUCCACAGCAGCCGUCGGUGCAGGAGAUUCGCAGAUCUCUUCCUCCAUUUCCAACAUUCGUGGAUGUUCCAGGACCCUGUGACCCUGAAGACCUGAUCGACGGGAUCAUCUUUGCAGCGACAUACCUGGGCUGCACCCACCUGCUGUCGGAGAGGACGCCGUCCAAGAGCGCCCGGAUGCAGCAGGCGCAGGAGGCCAUGAGCCGAGUCCGGGCUGCUCAGAAACAGGCCAAGAACAGGAAAAAGAGCCCUGACAGCGAGGUUCCGUCCACAGCUGAGGUGGAUCUGUUCAUGUCCACACAGAGGAUCAAAGUCCUCAAUGCUGACACUCAGGAGUCUUUAAUGGACCUGCCUCUCAGGACCAUCUCCUACAUCGCAGACAUCGGGAACAUGGUGGUGCUGAUGGCCCGAGGGAAGAUGGUCCGGUCCCGCAGCGCUCAGGAAAACCUGGACCACGGACCCGAGCAGACCACCAUGAGCCAGGACGACAGACGCCUGUACAGGAUGAUCUGCCACGUCUUCGAGUCCGAGGACGCCCAGCUGAUUGCUCAGUCCAUCGGUCAGUCCUUCAGCGUUGCGUAUCAGGAGUUCCUUCGAGCCAACGGUAUCGACCCAGAGGACCUGAGUCAGAGGGAAUACAGCGACCUGCUCAACACUCAGGACAUGUACAACGACGACCUCAUCCACUUCUCCAAGUCGGAGAACUGCAGAGAUGUUUACAUAGAGAAGCAGAAAGGUGAGAUCCUGGGCGUGGUCAUCGUGGAGUCGGGGUGGGGCUCCAUCCUCCCCACCGUCAUCAUCGCCAGUAUGAUGCACGCCGGACCGGCCGAGAAGUCUGGACGCCUCAACAUCGGAGACCAGAUCAUGACCAUCAACGGGACCAGUCUGGUGGGUUUACCGCUGAGCACCUGCCAGAGCAUCAUCAAGGGUCUCAAGUCUCAGUCCAGGAUCAAAAUGAACAUCGUCCGUUGUCCCCCCGUUACCAUGGUGCUGAUCCGCAGACCGGACCUGCGCUACCAGCUGGGCUUCAGCGUCCAGAACGGCAUCAUCUGCAGUCUGAUGAGAGGAGGCAUAGCGGAGCGAGGCGGCGUCCGCGUCGGCCAUCGGAUCAUUGAGAUCAACAGUCAGAGCGUGGUGGCCACGCCCCAUGAGAAGAUCGUCCAGAUCCUGUCCAACGCCAUGGGAGAGAUCCACAUGAAGACGAUGCCGGCCGCCAUGUACCGCCUCCUGACGGCGCAGGAGCAGCCGGUCUACAUCUGAGUCUGGAAAAACCUGGACUGGACCGGACCAGACUGGACUGAACUGGACCGGACUGAACUGGUCUGGAUUGGACUCGCCUUAAUCCAAACAGGACUCUAACGUAAACCUGUAAACGUACAAACGUGCAAAGGCUGAUGUUCAUGUGAGGCGUUCUUUGGACCAAAGACACGCCGUGGACUGGACGCGAAUAUUUAUUUAGGAGGAGAACGAACGGUUUAAAACGUACGGUUUGAAGAACAGCUGUAAAAUCUGAAUGUAUCUGAUGAAACUGGACCUACGAGACGAAGGCAAACGAGCAAAUGCAUGAAACUGUUCCAAUAAAGACAUGAAAA